AUGAAGUUGUUUAAUUUUUACAGUAAAACAGUGAAAAUUCAAUAUCGGAAUCAGCUCUGCUCCACCACAACCUUCGUAGUGUGUGCGCUUACACUGGCGGCAUUCGUCAUACCUUACUACCUGCUUACGUCUAUCAAACAUGGGGAGCUGUGGGAAAAUCACCGUCUUUUGUACGAAAAGCCCAAUGUAGCAUUUCCUUACCAGUAUCUUUUUCUCGCCGAGUUGGAAGACGUGGACGACAAGCCAACCACAUCCGUCGUAACGUGUAGUUCGUUCGUAUCGUACAACAUGCUGACGGAACAGUUGCAUCCUUGUAGCGGGAUUCGUGUUGUGCCCAUCGAUUCCGAUCACGACCAAUCGAUAGAUCAUCUCUCUGUGGGAAUCGCUUUCAAUCCACCGGAAACGACAAGCCGGUUGACGUACUACACGUUCUAUUUCUUCCUAGAAGCGAAGGUGAAGUCACAAUGCAGCUUUGAAGUGCCUGCAUUCGUUUCACUGGAAAAGCAUCCAUCACCUACAUCAAAAAUGCCAUCGGGCACAAUCAUUCAUCGUGGUGUGCUUCGGGCAAAGCAAACAACAGCCCUGCAGUGUCCUUUCUUCAUGCGAAACCAAAAGUCACACUUCAACCAUCGAUACUACCCGAACGAAAACACUACCCUGGAAGGUUUCAAACCGGACAGCAUUAGCGAACAGAUACUCACCUCCAAUCCGGCAUACUUUCAGCUGCAUUCCCAGCAGGUCACUUGGAAGGUAGACGAUUCGGGUUCGAUAGACAUUACGGUAGAAAUUUCCAUCGGAGGUACCGAGAGCCGUGAGACGGCCUUGCUCUAUAAAACUUCGCUGUGGUGGAAAGUUUGCCAAUUCUGGAGCGGUUAUUUUCCACUGCUGCUUGUUUCCCUGUGGCUUACCGCCAAGGUGAAGCGAUACCUGUUUGAACAAUUUUACCUUCGAGCGGUGGAGGUAGUGCCGUGGAAAGAAAAAUAUAUCUAA